AUGAGCUCCUGGAUUGACUGGUCAAAGACCACCAAGUCCAAGAAUUACCAUGGAUCUGGAUCAUUUGCUACUGCCAUGAUUAUUGGCCCCACCUGUUUCUUCCUGGGUAUUCUCUUCGCGCAGUUUCCCUAUGACUUCCCCCUCCUCUGGAGCAAGGUGGACAUCGCACCCGAGUACCUUGACCAGUUGGAGGUACAUCUCAAGUUCAUGUUCGACUCGCCGCCCAUCAUCAACCGCAUUCUGCACAUCACCGUUGGUAUCGCAUUCCUCGGUCUCUUCGUCAAGAUGUAUCGCCCGAGCGAGGCCAACUUCCUCUUCGACGGAGCCUCCAUCAUCCUGUACCUCAUCGCCGUCGCCGUCUAUAUCUCCAACACCAUCAAGGGUCUCCGCGCCGUCAGUGAUGGUAUCUGGAACAGCCCCGAGUGGGAGUCGACUCGCGAGGGCCGUUUUGCUGGUGAGAUGAUUCUCGGUCGCGAGGACAGCCUCAAGGUCCUCUCUGCCAGCAACACCAUCCUCGCCCUUGUCCUCAUCGGUGUCCUGGUACUCCAGUCCGGCCAGUGGUAUGCCGAGCAGAAGGACCACACCGAGGAGGCCCAGCCUGAGCAACCCAAGGAGGCCGAGACCAAGGCCUCCAACAAGAAGAAGCAGUAA